CCUACCAUAGACAGGAAGAAGACCAGUAACAACGAUCAUUGGACACGGAAAUAUUAGUGUACUACAUAUAUUCUGUUUUUGCUGGGUUCAUUGGGUAAUAUAAGUUGGUGGAUACGUUGGUAAGAUUCUCUUUGAAACACUAUGAAAUCGUAUGUAGAUAAUAGAUGUGUUCUUUUAACUACAUUCAUUUGUAUUAUGCAACUUUUAUAAAUUAUAUUUCGGUUACAAACUAAGCUGAUGUCGCCACAGUUUAAGUACCAAUUUAAUUUAUUGCAAAUUUAAUUAAGUGUUUUCUUUUAUUAUGACAUUAAAAGUGGUGCAUUUACUUUAUGUUGGUACACGCAUUUGAUCCAUGCUUAGUUUGAGAUGCAUUAGAGUGUUUUUUAUUUCAUUAAUUUAAUGAACUUUAAAUUCAAUAUACAUUAUAAAGCAUGUUUGUUUUUGUUUUCUCUUGAUGGGUCGAUAUUUACCACUCGAGGCCAAACUACAUUGGGUGUAAUGAUAUGAUUUUGAUAGCCCUACUCAUCGAACGGUUUUUGACUGUGAAUACAUAUGAAAAUAUUACUCUGAGUAGACUUGCCUGGCAACGUCAUCCUUAUCACGGCACACCAUGGGCAGCAAGAUUGGCUGUUGACGGACGUCAGUCAGAUUUGUCCGCUAGAGGAGGACAGUGUGCGAUAUCAGCAAAUGGUCAAUCAGAAGCAGAAUGGCGGGUAGAUCUGGGAGAUGUGCGAAACUUGCAUCACGUUUUUAUACAAUACAGAACGGAAAAUAUCGCAUGGGAUAAAGGCAACGCCCAUACGGAUAGAUUUAUUGGAUUCUCAAUCUACGUAUCAAACACCACCUACAGAAAGGACUGGAAACUGUGUUUCAAGGACAACAACUAUACCAAAGCCACAAUACCCAACCCUAUCAGUGUAACUUGCCUUAUACACGGGAGAUACGUCAUUUACUACAACAACAGAACUCAUCGUCCCUUCCCUGCUGGAUAUUCUACUUACGCCUUUAACGAUCUGUGUGAGGUUGAAGUUUAUGAAAACAUAGCUCUUAAUAGACCUGCCUGGCAGCGUUAUCCCUUUCACGGCACACCAUGGAAUGCAGUCUUGGCUGUUGACGGACGUCGGUCAGAUCUGUCUGCGGCUGGAGGACAGUGUGCGAUAUCAGCAAAUAGUAGAUCAAUAGCAGAAUGGAGGGUAGAUCUCGGAGGAGUUCGAAACUUGCAUCACGUUUUUAUACAAUACAGGACGGAAAAUGACGCUUGGGAUCAAAACGACUACUUUAAGAGUAGAUUCUUGGGAUUUUCAAUCUACGUAUCGAACACCACCUACAGAAAGGACUGGAAACUGUGUUUCAAGGACAACAACUAUACCAGAGCCACAAUACCCAACCCUAUUAGUGUAGCAUGCGUUAUGCACGGGAGAUAUGUCAUUUACUACAACAACAGAACUCAUCGUCCUUUCCCUGCUGGAUAUUCUACUUACGCCUUUAACGAGCUGUGUGAGGUCGAAGUAUAUGGUUGUCUGACCUUAGGAUAUAACGGAAAGAACUGUUCCACUUCUUGUCCAGAAAACUGUAAGGGUGGAGACUGUGACAUUGUGGAUGGAACUUGUAUUAGCUGUGUUCCGGGAUAUAGUGGAUCUAUGUGUAACAUAGUCUGUGGCGCUUGCUACGAAAAAGAACAAUGUGACUACAAAAAUGGUACUUGUCCAAAUGGAUGUGAAGACGGGUAUAAAGGGAGACAAUGCAAAACUGUUUGCAACAACAACACGUAUGGACCUAAUUGCUCUAGGACAUGUGGACAAUGUCUCUACCUGUAUGGAGAAAAAUGUAACCACGUGACCGGUCAGUGUCCUCGCGGAUGUGCUUCCGGCUUUCAAGGAGACCUUUGUGUUGAAUCAAGAAGUGAAUUCAGGAACACGACACUUGCAUGGUCGACAUCUAAUGCAACAGAUAAAUUCAAGAACAAGACACUUGUACGGCCAAUGAAUGAUGCUUAUGGUCCACCUGUUUUGCAAACUACAGUUCAAGUCCCUUUUUAUUCCAUCAUCACCGUUGUCGUAUUGUUUUCAGUCAGUGCUCUUCUCAACCUGUUUUACAUAUCCAGACAGGUACUUGCAAGAUGCCGCAAUCGAGAAGAAAAGGUAGACGAAUCUGUCGAACAACCGAACACUAUUGUGAACAGUAUUUAUAUUCAAGAAAACGGAUUUUCUACUUACCAGGAACUCGAGCAUGCUGACCAAAAAGAAAACAAUGAUGUAUAUACUUCAUUAGCAUAAAACCGAAUAAUGAGGGGUAUAUGUUGUUUUUAUGAAAAGUACGUUUUUGAAAAAUAUAUAUUAUGUGAAAAUUCGAAUGCAUUUGUUAGAAAGACGGAAUAUUAUUUAAAAUUUCUUACUCUUACCCUUGACACGGCCAAAUGAACAUAUUGGUAUCCUGGGAUCUGUUAAAAUGUUGAAAAAGAAACAGCAUUCCAUUUUUUAAAAGCAUUUAACGAGGCCGACUACAGAACGAGGACGCACGCUUUCGCGCAGCGUUUCAUUUGUAUUGUGACGUCAUCUUUUUGCUUUGUUGACGCAAUGGCGAAAUAGUUUCAACUGCAGAUAUUCAGCGAAAUUUGUUGAACAUAGCUCGUUUGAUGCGUAAAAUUGAUAUUUAUAUUGUGGAAUAAACAUUUGGGCUCGGGUUGAAAACGUGAAGAGGGUUCAGAAAGCCUAGCCCUCUGUCACGUUUUCUUAACCCGCCUAAAUAUCGCUUAAUUCAUUUAUUUCAAGACAUUAACCAUGUAUUUUAUAUUAAUGACCCUUAAUAUGUGAUGUUAUAUAUUUUAUUUAUUACUUAAAUAUGUCUGAAUUUUUUGAUAAUACAAUAAAGAUCACCAUUUCCGUCUUUGUCAAAUAAAAAAUUAUCAUUAUCUGACAAACUGGGAAAUUGGGCAUACAAAAAAUAACUUUGAUAAGACCCCUGGAACAAACCAGGAGGUAAAAGGUUUUUUUUAUUUGACCAUUUGAUGCAUUUUAGCAAUAAUUUUAAUAUGUAGAACAGAAAAAGAAAUCCCUAGGGCAGAAGUUUAAAAAAUGUGCAAAAUUGGUACAAUUCAAGCAAAAUCCCAUAGGGGCCUAUGUUAAAAAUUAACAAACUUUGAGAUGACCCCUUAAACAAACGGUGUGGUAAAUAUCUUAUUUUUUUAUCUUAAAAUAAUAAUUAUAUCAGUAGAAUUCUUGUAAAAAAAAUUUCAUUCACAAAUCUAGGGCAGAAAGUAUUAGACCCGGCCUCGUUAAUUGCUUUAUUCGUCUUUUGUUUUUGUUAUAUAUUUUGUGUGAUAUUUUUGUGUUCUUUUUUUAUUUGUUUAUUGCUUUUGCUUAAUGUUUGUUUUUGUUUUUGUCUGUUUUUGUUUUUUUAUUUUGUUUUGUUUUGUUUGUUUUUGUUUUUGUUUCUUUUUUUAUUUGUUUAUUGCUUUUGCUUAAUGUUU